AUGAUCCGCAAUUUGUUGUCUCCAAGAUCCUUGGUUGCCAAGUUCAUAUCCUUUUAUCCCACGACCUCUACCUACUGCAUCACAAACUCCUCUUUUGGUUCAAGACUUAAUAGAUAUGGAUCUUCGGCGUUGGAAGACAGAUUUCAUCUUAUCCUUAUUUCAGUUAGAAGAUGCUCAACAAAUCCUGUCAUGCCUCUUCUCUACUGGCCUCGUCCUGAUAAACUGAUUUGGCAUUACUCUAAAAAUGGUGCAUAUCCUGCCAUAUCACUCGCAAAUUCCUCAAUAUUCAAAGGCAAUUGGCAAAGACUGUGGGGUUUAUCUAUUCCUAACAAAAUUAGAGUCUUCGUGUGGCGUUGUGUGCAUAAUGGUUUAUUUACGGGCGAGGCUCUUCAUAUGCGUCUACAGCUUUCUCCAUCCUGUCCUUUCUGUGCUGCAGUGGAAACACUAGAACACAUGCUGCUUCACUGCUCUCGUAUCCAUUUAAUAUGGUUUGGAUCUCCUCUUAGUUUUCGGUCACAUUGGGAUCUAACCACCAAAUUUCAUCUUCAAUGGAAGCACAUCAGUAACCAGCUCACUAGUUUGGAUCCUACUGCUUCUUCAUUAGAGCUCUUUUGUUUCAUUCUCUGGCAUAUUUGGAAGUCUAGAAAUAAUUGUAUCUUCCAGAAUGCACAAGAUUCUCCGGAAUGGGUGAUAUCUCAAAGCAUUAGAGACAGAGCUGAAUUCGACCAAGCUCAACAGGAACAGAGAUCCCUUGUUCUUCGCCGUCAGCCUCCACCACAACAACAUUACAAUGUUCAUGUCAUUCCUUCUUACUGCUUAAAGAUAAACUAUGAUGCAGCUGUAGAUACACAGAAACAGCAGGGUUGUGUUGGUCUGAUGGCAAAGAAUGCAGAUAAUGUUAUAUUAGGUAGAUUUUCUGCAUUAUUUCGUUUCAUCUGGGAUCCAGGUAUUUUAGAAUUUCUAGCUUUGCGUGAAACGAUGAACUGGGCGAUUUCAAAUGACUGGAACAACGUUAUAUUUGAAGGUGAUGCUCUCCAAGUAUCCACAAUGAUCAAUUCUCGAUGCUGUACUUUAGCAUCGGCUCAGGGUAUUUGUGACGAUAUCUGA